CGCCUGCUGACAGGUCAGUGGGGGACACUAACACGGAAGUGGGGCAGAUCGCUGCGUUCCUGGCUGGUACAGUUCUGUUUCUGUAGGAAAUAAUCCCUGCAGAGAUGCUGAAAGCAGUCAUCCUGAUUGGUGGCCCCCAGAAGGGUACCAGGUUCCGCCCUCUGUCCUUUGAGGUGCCAAAGCCUCUGUUCCCGGUUGCAGGGGUGCCAAUGGUCCAGCAUCACAUUGAAGCCUGCAGCAAGGUCCCCAAUCUAAAGGAGAUUUUACUGAUUGGAUUCUAUCAGCCGAAUGAGGCUCUGAGCAGCUUCCUCCUCAAAGCGCAGCAGGAAUUCAAAGUGGCCAUCAGGUACCUGCAGGAAUAUUCUGCCCUUGGCACCGGUGGGGGGAUUUACCACUUCCGAGAUCAGAUUCUCUCUGGGGGGCCACAGGCAUUUUUUGUGAUGAAUGCGGACGUCUGCUCUGCUUUCCCUCUCGUUCCCAUGCUGGACUUCCACAAGCAACAUGGAGGCUCGCAAAGCUACGUCAUCUUAGGAACCACGGCCAAUCGCUCACAGUCGCUGAAUUAUGGCUGCAUCGUGGCCAAUGGGGAAACGCAGGAGGUCCUGCAUUACGUAGAGAAGCCCGGCACCUUCGUUAGUGACAUCAUUAAUUGCGGAAUCUACCUCUUCUCACCGUCCAUCUUCCAGCACAUCGCCGAGGUUUUCCAGCGCAACCAACAGGAGCUGCAGCUGUUUUCCUGCAUCAGCGAGGAGAACUCGAGCUGGCAGCGCACGGAGGUUAUUCGCCUGGAGCAGGACGUGUUCACCACCCUCGCGGGCCGCGGCAAGCUCUAUGUCUACAAAACAGAAGGCUGCUGGAGCCAAAUUAAAUCAGCAGGCUCAGCAAUUUACGCCAGUCGCCUCUACUUGAGCCAGUAUGGCAGCACCCAUCCCGAGCGGCUGGCCAGUACAAAGGAGGGAGGGCCGACUAUCAGAGGGAACGUAUACAUCCAUCCUACAGCCAACGUGGAUCCCUCCGCCGUGCUGGGCCCUAACGUAUCCAUCGGUAUGGGGGUGACUGUUGGUGCCGGAGUGCGGAUCCGAGAAUCCAUUGUUCUGCACGGAGCGGUGCUGCAGGAUCACAGCUGCGUGCUGAACACUAUAGUCGGCUGGGACAGCACCGUUGGGCGCUGGGCACGUGUGGAAGGAACACCCAGUGACCCCAAUCCGAACGACCCAUAUUCCAAAAUUGACAGCGAGACCCUGUUCAGGGAGGGGAAGCUCACCCCCUCUAUCACUAUUUUAGGUUGUAACGUCUCCAUUCCCGCAGAGGUCGUGAUACUGAACUCCAUCGUCCUCCCACACAAAGAGCUGAGCAGAAGCUUCAAGAACCAGAUCAUUCUGUAGCGGGCGGAGCGGCUGUGGCCGUUUGGGUGGUAGAUACAGAUCAUUCUGUAGUGGGCGGAAGGGCCGUUUGGGUGGUAGAUACAGUGUGUGCCAGUUGGAAGCAGGACCUGUCAAACCCCAGGUGACAGUUGUGGGGGUGCAGGAAGGAUACACGUUGCACUAUUGGCUGCCGGGCCGGCUGGGAGUACAGACUUAUGGGCAUUGGGUGCUGGGCGCCAGUCACCGUACAAAUGAAUUCUAUUUUAGGCAAAUAAAGGUGACAGUGAGCCCUUACUGGCGGGCAA